UGUGGAGAGUGCUGUGAAAUCCAAAAUAUAAUCCCGGGGGAUGUGGAAGAAGAUUGGUGUGGAGAUUAUUGCUCAUAGCAUCAGGAGAACGGAAUGCUGCAAUGACAUCACCAAGCGUGCAUCUGAAACGGUUCGAAGUGACGUUUGUGGUGCUUGGUUCGAAGAAUAUAUGGCUUGGAGAGGGAGGAGAGUGUUGCUCAAUUCAAAAUAUAAUCACGGGCGAUGUGGAAGAUGAUUGGUGUAAAGAUUACUGCUGUCACAGCGUUGGGAGAACGGAAUGCUGCAGCGACAUCUCCAAGCGUGCUUCUGAAACGGUUCGAAAGGACGUUUGUGGUGCUUGGCUCGAAGAAUAUAUGGGCUUGGGUCAUAGGUUUCGUUGUGAUUAUUGUGGUUGUCAUCGUAGGAAUCUGUUGCUGCAAGAAAUUUUGUUGCUAAUAAGAAAAUGUUUCAAUGCCAUAGUUACGAAGCAGAUGAUUAUUACAGACGUGAUUGCUGCAGUAUUGUUCUCAAAUAUUCUUAGAGAAAAGAAAACAUUAUUUAAAGAAUGCUUUUAAAAUAAAUUUUCAG